AUGGGAAAGGUUUGCUGCUUGCUAUCUUUGAUUAUCAUUGUCAGCUGUGUUUACAGCGCACCGAUUCCAAAUAAGAAAGCACUUCUUAUUCAAUUAAUAUCGAACGAUUCUAUUCAAUGUAGCGAUGAACCAUGUUAUAAUGAACUCUUGUCGAAUCCAUCUAAAGAUUUCAAGAAAUCUGAAAACAACCUUAUUGAUCUAAUAUCAACUGGGAUAAUAAAUAAAACCACGUAUGAAUUACAAUCUUCUGCAUCAAAUAUCUCACUGGAUUCCAACACAAUAUUUCCCAUAAUCUUUCAAACAAAACAUAGUGAUGAGGACACAAACAGGUAUGCUAUUGAUCUAGAUGAUGAUAAUGACGGUUCCAUCGAUGGGCUGACGCCAUCUGACGAUGAUAGUGAUGGUUCUUCUGACGCGUCACAUACCUCCGACGAUGACGAUGAAAGUGACGGAUUUUCUGAUGGAUCACAUUCAUCUGAUGACGAUACCGAUGAUUCCAAUCCAUCCAACGAUGAUAAUGACAGUUCUUCUGACGCAUCACAUACCUCCGACGAUGAAACUGGCGAUUCUUCUGACGGGUCACAUCCAUCUGAUGAUGAUACCGAUGAUUCCAAUCCAUCCAACGAUGAUAAUGGCGAUUCUUCUGACGCGGCACAUACCUCCGACGAUGACGAUGAAAGUGACGGUUCUUCUGGUGGACCGCAUUCAUCCGAUGACGAUACCGAUGAUUCCACUCAAUCAAAUGAUGAAAAUGGCGAUUCUUCUGAUGGAUCACAUUCAUCUGAUGACGAUACCGAUGAUUCCAAUCCAUCCAACGAUGGUAAUGACAGUGCUUCUGACACGUCACAUACCUCCGACGAUGACGAUGAAAGUGACGGUCCUUCUGGUGGACCGCAUUCAUCCGAUGACGAUACCGAUGGUCCCAGCCCAUCAGAUGUCGAUGAUACUGAUAAUUCCAUCAAUGACGUUCAUCGAGAUUUUAUCAAGGCUAUAAAUCACGGCAAGUGGAGAAGCGUCUUACACUGUGUCUCCAAAAAGCUCAAUUUGGCAGCAUUCCGACAUUCUCAGUGGAUGGGUGACAAUAAUCAGUUGACUCACGGUGGUGAUGGUGACUUUCAAUCUCGUACUCUCAAUGCCGGUUAUCCGUUGAGUGGUGCACUCGCUGAAAUUGUUGCAUAUAAUUCUGGCUCGUCUGCAUAUGCGACUGUAGAUCAGUGCAUGAACUCUCUCGGACAUCGAAGAAACAUUCUCGGACCUGAUUACAAUCAAGUUGGCAUUGGUGCUUAUGAAAAGAACAAUAAAAUUUGGUGGACAAUGUUGAUGGCCGAAGGAUCUGAUCAUUGUGCUAUCUCAUAA